AUGAAAAUUCAUUUGGCAAAAGGCAGGCUCUGCUUGACACCAGUUGAUCUUGAACCCAAAAAGGGAAUGUCACUCUCCUUGCAGGAAUGCCACUCUUCCCGCAAGUCCAUACAGAUUCAUUUGGCAAAAGGCAGGCUCUGCUUGACACCAGUUGAUCUUGAACCCAAAAAGGGAAUGUCACUCUCCUUGCAGGAAUGCCACUCUUCCCGCAAGUCCAUACAGGUUUGUCAAAAUCCAUGCAAUUCUUUAACUCACUCGAUGUUGAGUUACAAAAUGGUGACUUACCAUAUUCUUAUAUCAAUC